GCAGCAGCAGCAGUAGCAGCAGCGGGCACACGGACGUCUUCACUGCGUGUCAAAGCGGUGUGCUUUUCCAAAUGGCAACGACGGCGGACGACCAGCGGGAACCGGCGGACGUCGCUGCGUUGUCGACUCACUCCAGUUGCCACCACCACCGUAACAGCAACAGCAAUAACAACAAUAACAAUAACAACAACAACAAAGACAGCGAGGCGGGAGAAAGCACGACCUCCACCACCACCGCCGCCAGUCCGACCGAGCCCGGCGGGACGGCGCCGCAGAGCAUCGGUAACGGCUCGGUCAUUAACCCCAGCGGGGGGAACAACGGGAAGUGGGUCCGGCUGAACGUCGGAGGCACGGUGUUCCUCACAACACGACAGACGCUCUUAAAAGAGCAAACUUCAUUCCUGUACCGACUGUGCCAGCAGCAGGACCUGCACUCAGACACGGAUGAGACGGGAGCGUAUGUGAUUGACAGAGACCCCACCUACUUCGGUCCCAUCCUCAACUACUUGCGGCAUGGAAAACUGGUCUACAACAAGGAGCUGGCUGAAGAAGGUGUCCUGGAAGAGGCCGAGUUUUACAACAUCACCCCGCUGAUCAAACUGAUCAAGGAGAGGAUCGUGGAGAGAGACUCCAAGGCCACACAGCAGGUGCCCCCCAAGCACGUCUACCGAGUGUUGCAGUGCCAGGAAGAGGAGCUGACCCAGAUGGUCUCCACGAUGUCGGACGGCUGGAAGUUUGAGCAGGUCAGCGUGCGCACCUGCAGAAAGCCCCGCACCGGACUGCUCUGGACUAUGGUGAACAUCGGCUCGUCGUACAGCUACGGUACAGAGGACCAGGCUGAGUUUCUGUGCGUCGUCUCCAAGGAGCUUCACACGCCGGGAUCCGGGCUGGGUACGGAACAGAGCCACAAAACUAAGCCGGCGGAGUUGCAGGAGGAGGAAGCAGCGAAGGAUGAGGAGGAGGAGGAGGAGGAGGAGGAGGGAGGGAGAGAUACCGCACCGAAUGAGUGGCUUAGAGAAUGAGGGAAUCAUGUUUCUUUGUUCCAAAGAGAGGCGGGAAUGGCUUUUCCAGAUCCACGGGUCCCGGAUGUAGAAAUCGCAAGAAUCUAAGUUAUUUUUUUCUAGGCUUAUUAUGACAUCCUGUUCAUGGUGUAUGUGUGUGUUUCGCAUCAAAUGAACAGUCACCAGAAGAGAUUUGUAGCGUUUUUAAUGGUCCGUCGACAAAAUGCCAGUUAUAAAGAUGACCAAAUGGAGAGAGAAAAAAAGCAAAACGCACACACACACACACACACACACACACAAAAUACGAAACAGAAUCGUGCAGUCAGUCACAGCAAAGUGUCUUAAAAGAUAUUUGACAGUGAAGCUAAUUUUAUUAGGAGAAAUGAUCAUGUGUUGGUGUGCAAAAUGUGUUAUUGCCAAGGGCGGUAGUGAAGUAAGCUUAGUAAAUUAUAACCAAAGAUCCAGAUUAAAGCUGGCUGAACCAAGGUGCUGAACAAGAAUAUCAAAUCCUGCCUGAAGGAAAUAGAAAUAGUUUUGGUUGCACAGUGAGGAGACGUGACUGUGACACUGUGAUCUGACGGAUAGCAGAUGGUGCCAGAGGAUCAGAUUACAUCUGUGUGGUGCAGCUCUGGAUCAUUUACUCCCAAGCUAUUGCAUUUCCAGCUGGCAUGGAGGC